UAAACGGAACAAAUUGCCUUCAUUUUAACGCAUCAUCAAAAAUCGUGCAUAUUCAAGCUACGCGUUGAAAAUUUUCUAAUAUUUGGUGAAAAUGUUUUAAAAUUCAAUGGUUGAGUAUAAUCACUAAGCAGUGCGCACAGUUUUUCGUGGAAUAAAUAAGUUUUCAAGUAAAAAUGACGCAGUAUUUACCACCAAACUUGCUGGCAUUGUUUGCUCCACGCGAACCGAUACCGUUUUUGCCACCACCGGAUAAGCUUCCGCAUGAGAAAAAAUCGCAGGGGUAUAGUGGCGUAGGAGCAUUGUUGAGCCUAUUCGAGGAUCCGAAAGAUACUCCGCCACCAACGCGGGUAGAAACACGGGAAGAACGUAUCGAACGUCGCCGCCGGGAAAGAGCGGAACAGGUAGCUUACAAGUUGGAACGAGAGAUUGCCACAUGGGAUCCGACACAGAUGACAGGGCCGACGGAGGACCCUUUCAAAACCCUCUUUGUAGCUAGAAUUAAUUAUGACACAUCUGAGUCGAAAUUAAGAAGAGAGUUUGAAAUGUAUGGCAACAUUAAGAAAAUCGUUGUAACUCAUGAUAAGGAAACCGGUAAACCUAGAGGAUAUGCUUUCAUUGAGUAUGAACAUGAACGGGAUAUGCAUUCCGCCUACAAGCAUGCUGAUGGUAAGAAAAUUGACGGUAAGCGUGUGCUGGUGGACGUCGAGCGGGCCCGUACGGUGAAGGGUUGGCUUCCGAGACGUCUCGGAGGAGGUCUCGGUGGAACUCGCCGUGGUGGACCCGACGUCAAUAUCAAACACUCCGGCCGAGAGGACAACGAACGAGAACGCGAACGUUAUCGGCUGGAGCGAGAGCGAGAGGACGGAGCGAAUCGCGAACGUCGGGAGCCAAGGUUCGAAGCGAGAUUCGAUCGUCGUCGAUCGCGUUCUCGUGAUCGCGAUCGUCGUCGUCGCAGCAGGUCCAAGGAUCGACGGCGCCGACACAGUCGUGAACGUGAACAUGAGGAACCGGAACGUGAGAAACGUUGGGACAAAGAUGUCGAGCGACCGAGGGAGAAAGAACGUGAACGAGAUCGUGAUCGCGAUCGAGAGCGUGAUCGGGAACGUGAACGUGAUCGCGAUAAGAAGCGAAGACGUACUCGUAGCCGUUCAAGGGAUCGAGAUCGGGAACGCGUCGAGAAGAAACGUGACAAACGUGAUAAGGACAGAGAGCGAAAAGAACGAAAACCGGAGUUCCGCGAAGGUGACAUCAAAAUCAAGGAGGAACCGAUGGAUGAUUAUCCGGACUACAGCGCCCAAUACGCCCAGUACCAAGCGCAGGUUAAGAAUGAAGACGGUGAGGAGGAAAAGUAUCACCCCGAUGAGCACCAGGAGGGCAAUGGAGCGAUCCGAGCUCGUAUCGGAGAGAACGGUUCCCGUUUUGGUGCCCCUCCGCCGCACGAUGAUGGCGCGUACAAUCGGUAUGGUGGCUACUAACAAUGACAGCAUUUUAUCCCAGAAACAAAAAAUCUCGGAAGCAAUUGUAACAUGUUUACUGAACGCAGAUUAUUGUGACUCACAAACGAGCGGAUUCGUUCACUUUCCUAGAUCAUGGUACUUCUUCAACCAUAGUUUUUCUUUUUUUUAUAACAUAAAUUUCCACCGGCAAUACAACUGACGGUAAAGCAGACACAUGUAAAGGUUAAGUAUAAAUUAAAGACUCAUAGACGUGCGCUAACGAAGCUAAUAUUCAAAUUCAGUCUACAUGAUUUUAUCAUUAUAUAACUUCUCAGGUAAAGUAUGUUUUGCAAAUGUAGACGGCCUUAGCUGUUAUGUUUGCGUUGCAAGUUUUUGAUUCUCCUAGUAAGUAGUACUAUUGGUAUCAAAUUGAAAGUUUCUGGAGCGUUCAACAAUAGGCAUAGAUAACUUUCUUUUCCAUCAGGAUAUGGGUCAUUGUAUGCUCCGAAGUAAGUACUGAAUAAAGAAGACACAUUUGGUCGUAAACAUAAA